AUGACUUCAAGUAAGAUUAAAAUACUUAGGACGGUACACCAGGUGAGACAAUGGAGAGCCCAGCUCUUCUUGAAUAACCAGUCAGUUGGGUUUGUUCCCACCAUGGGGGCAUUACAUGCAGGUCAUUGUUCCUUGGUGUCACAGUCAAUACAGGAAAAUGACAAGACUAUUGUAUCUAUAUUUGUCAACCCCUCCCAGUUUGGACCCACUGAAGAUUUGGACAAAUAUCCCAGAAGUUUGGAUCAUGACUUGGAGAUAUUGGAAACACAAUUCAAGAGCAAACCUGUGGAUGCUGUAUUUGUACCGAAGGUUACCGAAAUGUACCCUAGUGGUAUUACAUUGGAUGUCGAAAACCAACGAGGUACCUUCGUAACUGUUCACGGUUCUAGUGAGCAACUUGAAGGAGUCACGAGGCCACAGUUUUUCAGAGGUGUUGCAACUGUUGUCACCAAAUUAUUAAACAUUGUGCAGCCAACAAGAAUCUACUUUGGUCAAAAAGAUGCCCAACAAUGCGUUGUCAUCAAGAAUUUGGUAAAGGAUUUACACAUUCCCACUGAAGUGAGAGUGAUGCCAACUUCUAGAGAGAGUAACGGCUUAGCCAUGUCAUCAAGAAAUGAAUAUUUGUCAGACGAAAUGAAGAAUAGAAGCUCAGUCAUUUACAAAGCGUUGAAGAACGGGGAAGCAUUCUAUAAAGAGAGAAAAGACAAACAGGAGGAAGUUAAAGCAAGUGAAAUCCUUUCUGAAAUUAGAAAAGUUCUUCAGCAAGAUCCAGAUUUUGACAUUGAGUACAUUGCGGUUAGUCAUCCGGAACUUUUGACUGAUCUUGACGUAGUAAAACCUGGCUUGGGAGCUAUUGUUUCAUGCGCUGUCAAGGUGCCCAAAGAGGAUAGCGAUGAAAAAGCUAGAUUGAUUGACAAUAUCGUCUUGCAAUAG